UCUUGAUUGUUGACGUUUACGAUUUUUUUUCCAAGAACCUAGUGAGUUUUAAAAUAAUUCCUGAAACUUAAGUUUUUAAACAAAAAUAAAGUGCAGAUUUGAUUAAUGAAGCCUGAAGGACGCAGGAAAAACAGUUUUUCAACCGGGAAGUUCCUGAUAAGCCGUCAAAAUUGCUGCCAAAAUGCAGAACGUGAGCGCUCCGCGGGAGCCAGCUCCCGUGAUGAGCACGAGCUCCACCAUCCUCAAUAUGAGGGAAAAAGAAAAGUAUAUUGAAGAUUUUGAGUUCCCCUUCUGCGACGAGUCUUCUAAAUACGAAAAAGUCGCUAAAAUCGGCCAAGGAACCUUUGGGGAAGUGUUCAAAGCUCGCGCAAGGAAUAGUAGCAAAAAAUUCGUCGCAAUGAAAAAAGUUUUAAUGGACAACGAGAAAGAAGGCUUUCCCAUCACAGCGUUGCGAGAAAUAAAGAUAUUACAACUUUUGAAACACGAAAAUGUUGUGAAUUUAAUCGAAAUUUGCAGAACAAAGGCAACUUUACAUAACAAGUAUAGGUCGACGUUCUACUUAGUUUUCGACUUUUGCGAACACGAUUUGGCUGGACUAUUAUCUAAUGUUAACGUAAAAUUCAGCUUAGGAGAAAUCAAAAGAGUAAUGCAACAGCUUCUAAAUGGCCUGUACUAUAUACACAGUAAUAAAAUCUUGCAUAGAGAUAUGAAAGCAGCAAAUGUGUUGAUUACUAAGAACGGAGUGUUGAAAUUAGCUGAUUUUGGUUUGGCAAGAGCAUUCAGUGUGGCAAAGUCGGGGCAAGCCAAUAAAUAUACAAAUAGGGUCGUCACAUUGUGGUAUAGACCUCCAGAACUUUUAUUAGGUGACCGCAACUACGGGCCUCCAGUGGACAUGUGGGGAGCUGGAUGCAUCAUGGCUGAGAUGUGGACAAGGUCACCUAUUAUGCAGGGUCCCACAGAACAGCAGCAGUUAAUCCUGAUCUCCCAACUGUGUGGGUCAUGCACCCCCGACGUGUGGCCUGGAGUGGAGAGCCUGGACCUCUACAACAAGAUGGAACUGCCCAAGGGACAGAAGAGGAAGGUCAAGGAAAGACUAAAACCUUACGUCAAAGACCCCUAUGGCUGUGAUUUACUGGAUAAGUUGCUGCAACUGGACCCUGCCAAGAGGUAUGAUGCUGACACAGCUCUAAACCACGACUUCUUCUGGACGGACCCAAUGCCCUGCGACCUGGCCAGCAUGCUGGCUCAACACACUCAGAGCAUGUUUGAGUACCUGGCGCCUCCUCGCAGGCCCGGCCAUCUGCGGCAUCACCACCACGUGCCGGGCGUCCAGCCCAAGCCCGCGCAGGACUCCGGCUACCAGGACAGAGUGUUCUAGACCAGACGUAGGGUGGUGUCUCUGCCAGGGCCAGAUGUUAGACACACACGGAGAUAUAGGACCUGCAUGCUGGCCCAACACACUCGGAACAUGUUGGAGUACCUGGCGCCUCCUCGCAGGCCCACCUGCGGCAUCACCACCACGUCCAGCCCAAGCCCGCGCAGGACUCCGGCUACCAGGACAGAGUGUUCUAGACCAGACGUUGUAUGGAGUUUCUGCCAAGGCCAGCUAUUAGACAAUGAGAGCAAAUGAUCAUGGGCAGCGGUAAUCACUUAACCUCAAGUGACCUGUCUACUGCAGUGUAGCCGAAAUGUGAUGUGAUAUGAUCUAAAACUUAAUUUUUGUUCUACAAAUAUGUGAAUAACAAGAUAAAGUUCAAAACUAAAACCCGACUGCAAUUGUCUUCAUAAACAUUGAAAUAUUGUAGUAAAAUUGUUUUUCUGUGGUUUGGUAUAUAUAUUAUAUUCAUGAAC